AUGUGGUCACAUUUAGAACGUGGCAGUUCCCCAGUGGAUUGGUGUGAAUCCAAUUAUUCUAUAUCUCCUAUGAUAGCCGAAUUUGUGAAUACCAUUAGCAACAUAUUGUUUUUUCUGUUUCCACCAGUCCUUAUACAUCUAUUUCAAGAAUAUGCCAAAUUUUUUAAUCCAGCCAUAAAUGUCCUAUGGGUUCUUUUAAUGGUUGUUGGACUUAGUUCAGCUUAUUUUCAUGCAACAUUAAGCUUAGUUGGUCAGCUUCUGGAUGAGCUUGCUAUACUAUGGGUUUUUAUGGCUGCUUUUGCAAUGUUUUUACCCAAGAGAUAUUUUCCUAAAUUUUUAGGGGGUAAUAGGAGGCUGUUAGCGUUUUACUCGAGCGUGUUCUCAGUGGUUUCAACAGGUUUCUUGGUAAUGCAUCCAAAAGCAAAUGCUUUCGCACUGAUGACUCUUGCUCUACCUGCUAUUGGUUUCUUAUGCAAAGAAUUAAACAGAGUUAAGUGUGCUCGAGUAUAUCGAUUGGGUUUGCGUUGUGUAGCGGUUUGCUUCUUGGCAAUAUUCUCAUGGAUAAUAGAUCGUAUGUUCUGCGAUACUUGGCUUUCAAUAAACUUCCCAUAUAUGCAUGGUGUUUGGCAUAUUCUUAUAUUCAUAGCUAGUUAUACAGCUCUAGUGCUCUUUGCAUACUUUAAUGUAUCAGAGGAGCGACCUGAACAAAAACCUCAAUUGAAGUACUGGCCGAGAAACGAUUUCGAACUCGGUGUGCCCUACAUUACAAUUAAACAUCCGUGCAAAAAAGACAAACAUUUGGCCAUA